AUGGCCGUCGUUGAGGAAUUUGAUUAUUUAUGCCGUUUAUGUGCGACUAAAACGGGAAUUUUAAUGGGAUUACCGAUCUUCGAAGCCGGCAAUCAAAUGCGGAACAUUGACAAGAAAAUAGCCGCGUGUUUGCCAGUGCAGGUGUCUAUGACUGAUCAAUUACCAAAAGUGGUGUGCGAAGAGUGUGCUUAUAAAUUGGACCAGUUGUUUGACUUUCGUGAAAAGUGUUUACAUACUGAAGGGAUGUUCAUGGAAAUGUUAAAAGAAAUUGCUAAGGAAGAAGUUGUUCGUAUAUCGAAGCAGGACUUAGAAGAAGUAGAAGAAAUGAAUAGGAUUCAAAGGAAUAUUAAUAGAAUACAAAAUAAUAUCGAAGAUGUACAAAAUCAUGUGACUCCCCAAGAAACAGGAGAGACCACUAUACAUACUAUGCAAGUUAUGGAUGAAAUGGAUUUGGCAGAUGGUGAACAGGUUGUUACGCAAGAAGAAAUGGGACAACAAGAUGAUAUUGAGGUUACUGGUAUCGACUGUUUAGAUGGUGAUACUGUCAGAAUGGUGGAUGAACAUAUACGAGAAGUUUCGAAUCAUCAAAUAGCAAUGCAUCUAGAAGGAGACAUGGCUGUAGUUGGAAAUUUAACAGUCAGUGGUCACUUGAGUCAGUUAGGAAUAAAUUAUGUAACUUCAAUAAAUCCUGAUGAUCAGAAUCGAGAACAAAUAGUACAUUAUUGUGACAAUGUAAAGUAUGAAUCUGUACCAAUAAAACAAGAAUAUCAUAGGUUGCAGGAUAGAUUAGCUACAGAAGAUCCUACAAAUGUACUUGAAAAUAAUGUAUCACACGAGAAUUUUCCUUCUGCUCAACCAGAAACUGGCAGUGAUAUAGAGGAAACACAUAUAGUUGAAAAUGAAACUAGGCAUACAACUCCUCAAACAAAUACUAUGGCAUCAACAAGUCAAGUAACAGCUGGAAAUUCAGAUAUUUUAGUAGAAUAUACAAAAGGAGCUAAGCACACACUAUUAGAAACAACACUAAAUAAUCCAACAAUUGAUGAAACAGGAUCACACUGGUAUGUGUGUCCAUUUUGUAAUGAAGCAAUAUUAGGUUCAACUAAUAUGAUAGCUCAUUUUGAACAAUACUUUUGUUGCUGCCCUUGUGGUUUAUAUUUUACAAGUAUAGAUGCAUUAAAUGUACAUAAGGAAAGAUGUGAUGUACAUAAAAAUAAAAUAAUCAGCAAAGAAAAAGAUAUUGUAGAAUCCGAAUUAGCGCCUUCUCAAACUGACGGAAAUAUAGACGAAAAAAAACAAACAACAGUAAGGCAAAAAUGGACACCGAAAGUUUGUGCUCACUGUGGAAAACAAUACAGAACGAAUUAUAAAUUGCAAGAACACAUGCGAAAACAUACCGGGGAGAAACCUUUUCAGUGUGUGACAUGUGAAAAAGCGUUUCGUAGUAAAAUAGGACUCGCACAACACACAGCCACUCAUACCGGACAAUUUGAUUACAAUUGUUCGACGUGUGGUAAAGGUUUUCAAUCUAAGAGUUAUCUCGUCCUUCACCAAAGAGUACAUUCAGAUCUGAAGCCAUUUCCAUGUAACACUUGUGGACAACAUUUCAAAACAAAACAAUCUUUGCUAGACCAUCAAAACAGGCACCUUGGAGUUAAACCAUAUGUCUGUGAAAUUUGUGGUAGAGGUUUCAUAACUAAAGGACUUUGUAAAAGUCAUCAAAAAAUACAUUCGGGCAUGGAUAAUCGUCAGUAUCCGUGCGUGGUAUGCAAUAAAAUGUUUGUUAGUAAAAGUUAUCUCAAUACGCACCUACGUAUUCAUACUGGUGAAAAGCCGUAUUUGUGUGAAGUUUGUGGUAAAGGAUUUUUAACACGAGUUGAUCUCAAAAUUCAUUCAACAAUGCACACUGGAGAGAAAAGCUUUAAAUGUGAUAUGUGUGGAAAAGUAUUCGCCAGAAGAGCAGCAUUAAGGUGUCAUAGAAGGUUGCACACAGGAGAACGGCCUUACAGAUGUGAUGUGUGCGGUAAAACAUUUACACAAUUCACUCCUAUGGCCAUUCACAAAAGAUUACAUACUGGAGAACGACCGUACGAAUGUGACGCGUGCGGCAAAACAUUCGUAUCGAGAUCAACCAUGAUGUGUCAUAAAAAAAAACACCAUGGUACACCAACUGUCCAAAAAGACGAUCCAGUUCCUCGACAAAAUGAAAUAAAAAAUGUUUUACCAGCCGAAAUUGUACUUCGAGAUUCCCAAGAGGGAAUACAAAUUACCGCAGAUUGAAGCGUAUGAUCAAAAAUUUAAAAAAUUUCAGAAUAAACACAGACAACGCAUGAUAGAAAAUAAAAUAUCGAGUCUGCAUUUUAUAAGAAGCGGCAUUAGUC